AGAUCACUAGUGCCUCCAGAGGUGCAAUUCCGGAUGAUGACAUUAAAACAAAAACAAACCAAACUAUAAAAACAGGGGUUCUCUUCCGAUAAUCUAAUAUCGCUUAUUAUAGCCAAUAUUUUAUAGAGGCGCUAUGAUAAUAGCGAUAUAUUCGUGCGGAAUUUAUUUAUGAUCAGUGAUGUUGCUGUUAACAUAACGCCUGUAAAUAUGCUGGAAGUGCCUACAUUUCCCGAGAAGCAAGUGAAAAUUUCCGGGUAACGUUCCUGCAUUGUCGCCUAUGAAUAAGUAGUCUUGCCUAAGAAGAAUUCAAUCAUGACAAAAUGGCGAGCGGUGUUGGAAAGCACAAAUUGUUAUCCCUGGGACCAGCAGAGCCUUGGUCGGUGAGGGAGAAGCUAUGCUUAGCCUCCUCCGUAAUGAAGAGUGGAGAUCAGAAUUGGGUGUCUGUCAGUCGAGCCAUCAGACCUUUUGCAGAGCCUGGACGACCACCUGAUUGGUUCUCCCAAAAGCAUUGUGCCUCUCAAUACUCCCAGCUCCUUGAGACAACUGAAGCUCCAAAGAGAAAGCGCGGAGAAAGGGGAGAGGUUGUGGAAACGAUAGAGGAUGUGAUUGUGCGAAAACUAACAGCAGAACGGAUUGAGGAGCUGAAGCGGCUGAUCAGAGAUACUCAGGAGAAACACAGGAAGCUGAAGCGAGAAGCGGAGUUGAUUCAAUCGGGACAUCUGGAUUUGAAACUGGAGGAGCUCUUGGGAGAGAUCGUACAGAAGAAGAAACAGGAGAAUGAGGAGGCAGAGGUGAAGAGGAAGGCCACUGAAGCUGCCUAUGAGGCCAGACAGGCAGUGAAGAACACUCCCAGACGGAUGCCCAGUGUGGCUGUGGGCCCUCCUCCAGGGGAGGCCUCUCUUAACCUGGACCAGUCCGUCAGCGACGCUCCCAUACCCACUCCCAACGAGACCAGCUCCUCCACCGGCCAGGUGACAGCUACCUUCAUACCCUUGCCAGAGGUCUCUGGGGCAAGCGUGUCUGAGCCCAGCUUAGGAGGUCUUGUGGUUCAGAAGGCCACACCACCACCUUCCCCUCUUCUCUCCGAGCUGCUGAAGAAGGGCAACCUUCUGGCUACCAGCCCCAGACUGGUGGCUGAGGGUGAUCUUCCUCCCUGUCACGUGACAGGGAUGCAUGCUAUGGACCUUCAGGUUACAGGCACAGCAUUGUCCUCGUCCCAGGCAGCUUCAGGUGCUCCCACACUGUCUCGUCUGCUGGAAGCUGGUCCUGCCCAUUUCCCCUCUUCUCUGGGCUCCCUGGCAGUCCCAGCAGAUGCCUCUGCCCCCCCCACUGCCUCUACGUCCCCUGCUAAGGACCCUCCUGCCCCCCUCCAUACAGGUAGCGAUGGGGUGACAGGCUGUGGGAGUAAGGGCCUCCUUUCCCAUUCAGCUGAGGUGAAAGCGUCGCUGGGAGAGGUGGACCUGGUCAACGUGUCCUACAUGGGGGACGAGCUGGACCUGGACACCGUGGGGGACAUCAUCGCCAUCAUGGAGAACAAAGCACGUGAAAAUGCUGAGGCUUUGGACGCAGCAGCAGUCGAGGCGGCCCUGUCCCUGUGUGAGGACGCGGGUCACAGCCUCUCGGGCCCCUGGGACGCGGCCUCCUCUUCUUCCUUCAAGCGCUCCGACUCGGACUCCUCCCUCACCGAGGGGAACCUGGGUAAAAGAGCGGUGACCUAUGGGAGAGCAGCAGCAGCAGCAGCCAGUGAUUCCCAAGACCACCGGGGUGGUACGACUUCUUUUCCCGCGGCUCCUGGUUCGGGGACACAUGCGCACACACUCCCCUCUGCCCUCCACGGUGAGUCAGACUGUGCUGCUCAAGCUGCCAGGGAGGACAAGAAGGAGAGAAGCCCCCGCUGCCCUGCUGUGACCAUCAAAUGUGAGACGCCUCCACCAAACACAGAUUCUAUGACAGAAGAAGACCCUGCAUUAUUAAAGGUAUUCAAGGAGGUGAAAGAGGAGGAGGAGGAGGAGGAGGAGGAGGAAGAGGAGGACAUGGUGAGUGAUGGCGCAGAAGGCGGUGUGGUAGAGCUGCAGGAGGGUCUGGAGGGCGAGCUGGCGGAGGAGUGUGGUCUGGGGGAGGAGGGGGAGGAGGAGGAGGGGGAGGAGGGGGAGCUGGAGCCCGCGGCCAGUGAGAGCGAGGACGGCUGCAGCAUGCACACGGCCUCCUCCUCCCUUCAGCUCCACGCCAUGGCUGACUCCAUCCCCAGCAGCCCUGCGUCAUCACAGUUUUCCAUAUGCAGUGAGGACCAGGAGGCCAUCCAGGCACAGAAGAUAUGGAAGAAGGCCAUCAUGUUGGUAUGGCGGGCAGCAGCAAAUCACAGAUACGCCAAUGUCUUUCUGCAACCAGUCACAGAUGACAUCGCCCCCGGGUACCAUAGUAUUGUGUACAGACCCAUGGACCUGUCCACCAUCAAGAAGAGCAUCGAGAUGGGCGCCAUCCGCACCACGGCCGAGUUCCAGCGGGACAUCAUGCUGAUGUUCCAGAACGCGGUGAUGUACAACAGCUCGGACCACGACGUCUUCCACAUGGCCCUGGAGAUGCAGCGCGACGUGCUGGAGCAGGUGCAGCAGUUCCUGGCCACGCAGCUCAUCAUGCAGACCUCCGAGUCGGGCAUCAGCGCCAAGAACCUGCGGGGCCGAGAGGCCAACCACAAGCAGGACCCCAACGACAAGGACACUGUACCUAUGGCUUCUCCUGCCUUCCUUCUCUCUCUCUUUGAUGGAGGCACAAGGGGGCGCCGUUGUGCCAUGGAGGCAGACCAGAAGAUGAAAAAAUAAGCAGUGCUAUGUUGUUGGGCUAACAGGCUGUUCAGGGCUCUCAACGGAGCUGGCCUCAGAGAGAGUCUGGGCUGAAGACAGACGCCAUGGUUUCCAAUGAAGCCUCCAUGUUCCCUAAUCUCCACGUGGAGAAGGGUUUUAAUUCUGCAAUCCCCCCUCUCCUGGCUUUUAUAAUGGCACUUCAUUAAUCCUCUGGAUCUGACAUUUCUUAUUUUGGUUUUUAGGCAGUGAGAGGUUUUUUUUUUAUUUGAUUUUGUAAUUGUUUUCCAACAUUGUGUGCAUGUCUGUCAUAAAUUGUGGAUGUAUGAUGAUGUGUUGUUUUGUGCAGUAUUAUGAACUACUGAACAUGUAGUGCCUUUUUAGGUAUCGAAACGAUUUUGCCCAAUAAACCGACUUCGGCUGUAUGGUGAGGUCUCUUCUCACCAUUCCCUCA